GAAGAUUAUUUCACUUCUAUAAUACUGGCACGACGUUCUCGGCCGACUCCUGCGCGAGCCGCAAGUGAAGAAGAGGUAGAAUCAGAAAGCGCGAUCUCGUUGUUGUCGCGGGGUAUCCUUCGCAUUUGCUGACGUGUCGUGCGAAGCGAGAGUUUUCCUCCCGAACGCUGCUUCGCAGCAGCAAAGACAAGUUCUGUCGCGCUGGAGAAAUUCGCGCGCGUCGUGAUGUGCGAGGGGAAAUCGAUUUUGACGGUAAGGUAAAUACAGGACCACGCGGUUGUGCGUUUGAUGCGCGUUUGGAGUUUGGCCACCGCUCUCCAGUUUGUGCUCCGUUCGCUGCAUGCCGUCUGCCAGAUCUUGAGACCUUAGCCGUGUCUGAACCCUGCAGCUCGGCGACGAAUGUAUGACACAUAAACAUUGGCCACGCUGCUGGGGUGAUUAAACUCCCGGCAGUUCAAGAGCAUGGGCGCUUGGCCAGCACGAGGAAGUGUUGUGCGACGUUCUCGAAGGCCGGCUUUUUGAGCAGCCUAAGUUCGUUAAGCUAAAUCAAUAGCCUUGGCAUGUCCUUCUCUCGUACUGUCGCUCUGUAAUGCGUCGAUAUGCCCUGCGUGCAUGUGCAAAUCACGAGAACUCUGUUUCCACGAGAUAAAGUAGUGCGGCGGCGGUAGCGGGCGAAAGGCGCCCCCGGCGUGUAUUCGGGAUCUCGCACUGCUUCCCCCCUUUGCUGUUAGGCUUAGGAAGGGGCCUGCCUUUGGCCCUUAAGCGAUCCCCCGUAUUCGCGCGGGUAUUCUACUACUAGAAGGGAAAAGUGUAACAUAGGAACUACUGUAAAUAACCAUUCCCUCUCAGAUGCCUUGUUUUUAUACUUGUGUCUGUGAUAUUUCUGGACUUCGGCGCUUUGGCCUCAGCGAGAAUCGGCCGUUUAGGCCUAGUGGUUCAGGUGAUCCACUCAUCAACCCACUUCGUACGCUACGAAGCUGCAAUAGUUGUACAAUAGUAUAAAUAGGAAAACAAACCGGACACCUUGGAGGUGAGCGCCAACUUAGGACUGGACUCUUUAAACGGUUUCUUGUGCGGCAACAAGAGUGGACAAGUGCUUCAAAUACGUCCCAUCGUCCAGCGAACAAUCAUGAGUGGGGAUACCAAGCGGAAAAGCAAGAACAGCACGAGCAGGCCAGCCAGGUCAAAAGCUUCUCAAGAUAGAAAGCUCGAAGGAAUAUAUAAUAACGCCCGGUUUGUCCACAUUGCUGCAUCGCUUGUGGGUCAUGUUGUCCAAGUGCAAGUCCGGGACGGAGAGGUCUAUGAGGGCGUAUUCCGGACAGUUUCGCCUGAGCUUGAGAUCGUGCUGGAGACUGCUCACCCCGUGGAGCCAGGGGCACAGUCUGAACCGUCGUCCCUGUCGCGGCUGCUGACUUCGCUGGGCCGGGACCAGCGGCUUGUGCAGCUGAUGAUAUUCCGAUUGCCGGAUGUUGUCUCCCUGUGCGCGCCUAAUGCGGACUUGGACUAUGCCACGCGUGACUCCUUCACGGACACGGCCAUCAGCAGCAAGUUCAAUGGCCAGCUUGGCGAGCGCCCCCUCGAACCCUGGAUGGAUGGUGGCAGCGCUGACAUCGGCGGUCUUGAUGACCCACCACUGGAUGGGGAGGACACUAAUGGCUGGGAUGCCAAUGAGAUGUUCAAGACAAACGCCGAGAAGUAUGGGGUGACUACAUCCUAUGACAGUGCGCUCUCCAGCUACACUGUUAAGUUGGAGCCAAAGAACACAGACGAGUACAAGCUGCAGGAGGCCAAGGCGUCCAAGAUUGCCCAGGAGAUCGAGAGCAACCCCGUGUUCAAGAAGCGCAUAGAGGUGGAGAAUGGCGAUGAGGAGGACAAGUUCAGCGCGGUGGUGCGACCCUCUGGGGACAAUGCACCACAGGGGACCAGGUACGUGCGGCGGAAGCCUCUGGGCGGUUCCAAGCCCCUUCGUGGCACACCGCCCCCGGCAGCGGUGGUGGCUGCGGGCGGCCUGCCCCGCGGGGGCUUGCCUGGCUUCAAGGGCGGCCUGGGUAGCCCCUCCUCACCCUCUGCGCCACCACCCCCCAAGCCGCACCAUCCACCCAGGCACGGGCCGCCUCACUCGGCCGCUGCCUUCCCCGAGCUUGAUGCAUCCCCUCGGCUCAACGGGGCCCCCAAGCUGGAGAAGGAAGGCCCACUGAGCCCUGGCCUGUGCGAGGUGCCCGUGCCUGAAGAGGUCCCCGUGGUGGCCUCGGCCGAUGAGCCACCCUCCGUUGACAAGGGGCCCGCAGACCGCAAGGGGCCGCCACCUCCGCUCCAGAAGGGCCGCGUUCAGGAGAUUGAGGAGUUCAAGAAGUUCAGCACCAGCAUCAAGCUCGACGAGGGCAAGGAGGCCAAGGACGGAACUGGCGCUGGUGCUGCCACCGCAACGGAAGAGGAGAUGGAGAAGGAGCGUAAAGAGAUGGAAGAAGCUGCCACUGCCAAGGAGGAGACGGACCGCCUGGUCAAGUCGUCCACCCUCAACCCGAAUGCCAAGGAGUUUGUGCUCAACCCAAAUGCAAAGGCCUUCACCCCACGCACUCUGCUGCCCCUGACGAGUCCGCCCAACGGCGCCGGUGGCAGCGGCGGCGCAGCGGCCACGACACCCACGGGGGGUGUGCGACUCAGCUCGAGCCCCCUUGUGGGUCCCCCUGCUGCUGGGGUCGGCCAGGCGCCUCCGCAGCAGCUGAUGCCUGCCGGGCAGCACAUCAUUACCAUGACACCCCAGUACCUGAUGCCUGCCACCCCCGUCAGCGUUGCACAGUUUGCACCCGGACAGGGACCACGCUUCCGCAAGGCCAUGCCCCUUGUCCAAACAAGGCACGACCUUCCGGCGUCUAUGCACGUGGCUGCGGCAACGGGCCAGCCGAUCCUGGCGCCUGCUGGCCUGCCAAAUGCCCCUCAACUGAUGGUGCAAUACACACCAGCGCAGGGCAUGAUGCACCCAUCUGGGCCACCACAGGCAACCAUGGCGUACCAGCAGGUUGGUUCUCCUCGUGUGGCUUCCUCCUGGGAUGCAGUUGUCUCUUGACAGCUCUUGUCAUAC